CUCAACCAAUUGCGAACCCAUAAACAGAGAGUGUUUGGUUUAUGUUAAAUGGCUUUAUGUCGAUCCUUCAUCUGUAAUCUUCCACUUUCUCGUCUUCCAUUGCAGCUCAAUACCUCAAUUCCUUCCCCACACUACCCUCCAAAAUCCCACCAAAUUACCGCUUUGCCACUCCUUCGCUUUAGACGCUGCAAAACAGCUUCUUUUGCUUCAGUACCAUUACAGCCGCAAUCAUCAAUGGAGAACCCACCUGAAGGUUACAGAAGAAACGUGGGCAUUUGUUUAAUGAACCCUUCUAAUAAAAAGAUUUUUGCUGCUUCGAGGCUAGAUAUACCUAGUGCUUGGCAAAUGCCGCAGGGUGGAGUUGAUGAAAGCGAAGAUCCAAGAAAUGCUGCCAUUAGGGAAUUAAGAGAGGAAACUGGGGUUACUUCAGCAGAAAUCGUUGCUGAGGCUCCACACUGGUUAACGUAUGAUUUCCCACCAGACGUUAGGGAAAAGCUAAGGCAUCAAUGGGGAUCUGACUGGAAAGGUCAAGCACAAAAGUGGUUCUUAUUUAAGUUCACUGGAAAGGACGAAGAAAUCAACCUUCUAGGCGAUGGGACAGAGAAGGCUGAGUUUGGAGAGUGGUCAUGGAUGUCACCGGAGCAAGUUGUUGAAUUUGCAGUGGAUUUCAAGAAGCCUGUUUACAAGGAAGUUUUAUCUGUUUUUUCUCAAUAUUUCCUGUAGGGAAACUGACCAUUUCUGAAGGGUGAAGUUCAAGAGGUAAACAUUCAUUUCCAAGUUGUUGCUUAGUGGCAUCUGAAACACGCUUGAACGAGAUGACCAAUUCCUUCACCUCAUCAGCUAGGAUCUCCAGUAUCAAAUAUUGCAUUCGUUUUGUUGCCGUUUAACAGGAUGCCCCUAUGUUCACUGUUUAUGAUAAGCGUUUUACAUAGAGGAAUGGUUUACAAGAAGUUGCAUUUUGGAAGAAUAUGUGCAAACAUCGUACUUCUUGUGAAUGUCCUGAAAGAAAUUUACGAACUUGUUUAUAUUGUGAGAGAGUUCCUACUAGAUACUAACGUUACCAUGUUAAGUGAGACAAGGGAGGCUGUCCUGUUGUUCAGUUCAGAAACACCAGUGAUGUUUUUAUCUUCUUGUAGUUAAUUUUUCUUUUUUUCACCUUUCAAACUUGUUUCAAUUGCUAUUUCAUUGCUGUUUUUUCCCCUUUA